GCGGGCGGCGGCGCGGCGGUCGAGCUCCCCCGCGCGGCGAGCUCUGCUGCGGGGAGGCGCUCGCCCUGUGCCGCGCAGCCUGUGCGUGCGGGAACGGCCCCCGCAGCCCAAUCGGACUCUAGAGCCAGCGGCAGCGCGCCUCUCGCAGGCGGCGGCGUCCAGCGCCCGGGGCCGGGCUGCGCGGCCAGCCCCGAGGGCUGCGGCGCCAGGGACGCGCGGGGCCCGCGCUCCGCCGCCGCCGCCGCCGCCGCCGCCUGCUGCUGCGAGGUCAUCGGGAUCUUAUCUUGCCAGCUGAUGCCCGCUUUUCCCACUCUGGAUCUGGAUGGGAAGUUGGGGAAGAUGGAUAGGGUCGUGUUGGGGUGGACCGCUGUCUUCUGGUUAACAGCCAUGGUUGAAGGCCUUCAGGUUACAGUGCCUGACAAGAAGAAGGUGGCCAUGCUCUUCCAGCCCACUGUGCUUCGAUGCCACUUUUCCACAUCCUCCCAUCAGCCUGCGGUGGUUCAGUGGAAGUUCAAAUCCUACUGCCAGGAUCGCAUGGGAGAAUCCUUGGGCAUGUCUUCUCCCCGAGCCCAAGCGCUCAGCAAGAGGAACCUGGAAUGGGACCCCUACUUGGAUUGUUUAGACAGCAGAAGGACCGUCCGAGUGGUAGCUUCCAAACAGGGCUCGACUGUUACCCUGGGAGAUUUCUACAGGGGCAGAGAGAUCACAAUAGUUCACGAUGCAGAUCUUCAAAUUGGAAAGCUCAUGUGGGGAGACAGCGGACUCUACUACUGUAUCAUCACCACCCCGGAUGACCUGGAAGGCAAAAACGAAGACUCAGUGGAACUGCUGGUGUUGGGCAGGACAGGGCUGCUUGCUGAUCUCUUGCCCAGUUUUGCUGUGGAGAUUAUGCCAGAGUGGGUGUUUGUCGGCCUGGUGAUCCUGGGGAUUUUCCUCUUCUUCGUGCUGGUGGGGAUCUGCUGGUGCCAAUGCUGCCCUCACAGUUGCUGCUGCUAUGUCCGCUGCCCAUGCUGUCCAGAUUCCUGCUGCUGCCCUCAGGCCUUGUAUGAAGCAGGGAAAGCAGCCAAGGCCGGGUACCCUCCCUCUGUCUCCGGUGUCCCCGGCCCCUACUCCAUCCCCUCUGUCCCUUUGGGAGGAGCCCCCUCUUCUGGCAUGCUGAUGGACAAGCCGCAUCCACCUCCCCUGGCACCAAGUGAUUCCACUGGAGGAAGCCACAGUGUUCGCAAAGGUUACCGGAUCCAGGCUGACAAAGAGAGAGACUCCAUGAAGGUCCUGUACUAUGUCGAGAAGGAGCUGGCUCAGUUUGAUCCAGCCAGGAGGAUGAGAGGCAGAUAUAACAACACCAUCUCGGAACUCAGCUCCCUGCAUGAUGAUGACAGCAAUUUCCGCCAGUCUUACCACCAGAUGCGGAAUAAGCAGUUCCCUAUGUCUGGAGACCUGGAAAGCAAUCCCGACUACUGGUCAGGUGUCAUGGGAGGCAACAGUGGGACCAACAGGGGGCCAGCCUUGGAGUAUAACAAAGAGGACCGUGAGAGCUUCAGGCACAGCCAGCAGCGCUCCAAAUCCGAGAUGUUGUCGCGGAAGAACUUUGCCACGGGCGUGCCGGCCGUGUCGAUGGACGAACUGGCAGCCUUCGCAGACUCUUACGGCCAGCGGUCGCGGCGCGCCAAUGGCAACAGCCACGAGGCGCGGGCCGGGAGCCGCUUCGAGCGCUCGGAGUCGCGGGCCCACGGUGCCUUCUACCAGGACGGCUCGCUGGAUGAGUACUACGGGCGCGGACGCAGUCGCGAGCCGCCGGGAGACGGGGAGCGCGGCUGGACCUACAGCCCUGCACCCGCACGCCGCCGGCCGCCGGAGGAUGCGCCUCUGCCGCGCCUGGUGAGCCGGACCCCGGGCACCGCGCCCAAGUACGAUCACUCGUACCUGAGCAGCGUGCUGGAGCGCCAGGCGCGGCCGGAGAGCAGCAGCCGCGGGGGCAGCCUGGAGACGCCGUCCAAGCUGGGCGCGCAGCUGGGCCCGCGCAGCGCAUCCUACUAUGCCUGGUCGCCGCCAGCCACAUACAAGGCUGGGGCCAGCGAGGGCGAAGACGAGGACGACGCGGCGGAUGAGGACGCGCUGCCACCCUACAGCGAGCUGGAGCUGAGCCGCGGAGAGCUGAGCCGGGGCCCGUCCUACCGUGGGCGUGACCUGUCCUUCCACAGCAACUCGGAGAAGAGGAGGAAAAAGGAGCCCGCCAAGAAACCCGGCGACUUUCCAACCAGGAUGUCCCUUGUAGUCUGAUACUUAUAAGACACCUCUCUGGAUGCCUGGAAAUCAGAUGCAGACUAUGGAGACAAGACCCAAAUCUGAAAGCCGGCAAGCCUAGGACCUUCUCUGGCCAGCAACCACGUUGGAAGCUUUGCUGAUCUCUGCUUUGGCAAGGGAUCCUCCUUUAAUAAGGCUGAUUUCAAAUCUUAGUGCCCAUCUAUCUCGAGCAACUUACCAAGAAAACGCUCUUUGAGAACAUACCACGUAAUAACCCAUCAAGUUUAUCUUACACCCCCCCACACCCCCCAUUUCCUUAGCAGAAACAAGACUCUGCAUCCAGUUCUGAAGCUGGUAGCUUUGAACCCCUGAUCUCUAGAAAUUACCUAUGCCUGCAGUAUGUUUUUCUACGAAUGCUGUUCUGUGCUUAGACAGGAAUUUACUACUACUGUUAGAAGACCGUCUGCUCACAAGAGAGAUAAAUGGUAAAAUGUACCUUGUAUCCCCUUGCUUCCAGUCACUGGUCAAUGAGUCUUGUUAUGCUAAAAUCAGAAGGCCUUUAGUGAGCGUACUGGCCGUGACCUCCUGGGCAAUCACAGAAAUGGCUUCAAUUUGCUGCUCUGACUCACAAUUCUAAGUGGCUGGGACAAACACAGGAGAGCAUUUUGAAAAACCAUCUUAAGUGGUCUUUCCUUUUCCAUUCAGAGGACACAAACUGCGUUUCAUCUUUCUGUCGCACACAGUGACAAUCCUAAGAUCCAUCACCCCCUCUGCCGCCCAACCCACACAGGUCCCUCUCUUCCCUCCCUCUCCUGGUCUUUUCAGGGCUGGUGCCUCUGAGGGUGUUCCACUCCAUGCUUCAGUGUGAAUAGCUUGUCAUCAGGUGCCUUUGACAGAUGCUUCAAACAAACAUUUGAGAGAGAAGAAAAGCAGAAGUCAGUGAUGCAAAAUGAACAGGAAAUGAUAUGUAGGCUCAUUAUAUUUUGAAUGUGGGUUGUUUCCCCACAAACACACUCAGAUUUGUUUUUGUUUUUAUUUUUGGAUUUGUACUUCACUUAAGAAUUAUUUCUACCAUCCUGAUUCCGCAGCUGUUGGGCACCAGAGAAUGUGGUGUCCACAUCUUUUGGCCUCACUGGCCCGCCACUAUUGAUGCUUUGGGGAAAAGAAAGACAGCACUUCCUCUUCCUGCUGUUGGAAAAAAAAAUUGAUUUUGCCUGAAUCCCAAAUCGAACUUUUGCAGGUAGUGGUCACAAACUCUUCCCCUCUCAUGUUCCUGUGAAGGGAUUUGUCCUCUUGCUGCCACAGGCCCUACCAAAUGCACCUCGACUAUCCUACAUGAUAAGAGAAGAGCCUGGUCACUACCGUCAUUAUCUGUGCCCAUCUUAUCAACUUUAAGCAGACUUGGAAGAACAUCUAGCCACGACCAACAAAAGAACUGCCUAGCUGAGCCGAGCCCAAACUGGAGAUUCCCGCUUGAGAGGAGACAUUCAGUAUUCCUAUGCGUUCGUUUAUCAUCGACGAUAAACCUGUCAGAAUAUUUGUCUCUGGUUGGUCACUCAUCCAACCUUGGGUGUCACACAACCUUCAUUGGGUGUCACACAACCUUCACUUUUGUUAGCAGACUUUUCAAUCUGCAUUAUUGUGGUGAGACACCUGACUGGAUGAAGCGACUGGAGCAAGGAGAUGCUUGCUAUCCCCUAAUCCAGUGGUGGUCUACUUCUACUUAUUGAUCUACAUGUAGUCUCUGAUUCACUGGUCAGUAUUUCCAUGGCCACGUGACUGGAAUUCCAGAGUCCAUUCUGUUAGCAUCCAUUGUACUUCAUGAGAUUUCCAGAAAAGGUUCUCUGCGAGUGGUGUAAGAGCUGCUGGGUUAGGGUGGGUGUUGGGGGUUAGAAUCAUUACUUAGAGGAGAACUGGCCUGCCAAAGGACUUCACGGUUGCUUUGGCCUGCCCUAGAUGGAUCAGGAGGAUACUUCAGCCCAAUGCUGGCACUUCCAAGGGCUGGAAGACAAAAGCCAUAACUCUGGUGCUGAGUUUUAGACUUGCUAGUGUCCCUGGCCUCAGAACACCUAGGUCUGAUCUGUCUGUUUGGGCUCUAAAUCAAUAUGGCAAAAACAUCACUUCUUAGUCACCAGCUUUUGAUUUCAACUUGCUCAGGCACUUUUGAAGAAUAUUGGAUAGCUGCAGUAGCUAUUGUUAUACUGAGCACUGUGUCAGGCUUCUUAGCACCAAAGAGCCCCAUAGCACAGGCUACAGAGACCAAAUAUAUUGCUUUAUAGAGCCAGGGGCAUGUAUGAGCUUGGGGAAAGCUGAGGGAGCAAUGAAUUAAAGAAAAAAGUUAAAAUUGGAAACUUAAGGUUCUAAAGACAACAAGUCUAUAGGCUGACAAAUUUUUUUAAAAAAAAUUCAAUGUAGAGAAGAUAACAGGCUUUCAAUAUAACGGGGGAAAGUGGAGCACAGAUUGUUCUUUAUAGGGCACGAGUCACGUGGGCUUCCCCACCUUCAGUACAGAGGAAACUCAGUUGCUUCUGGGUCUGUGGAUAGGAGACGAUCUGAAUGGACAAGGCUAAGCUGGCCACCCUCGGUGCCCUGGACAUUUCUUUACACACCCCUUUGUUUCUUCUCCAAAUACUGUGUCCUGCACAGGAAGUGCCUAUGCGUAUUAGUUCCUUUCCUGUUUUUCUAGGGCAUAAGCAAAGUGUCAUAUAAGAGGUGUUCUCCAUCCACCGAUCGCCUACAAUUUAAGAAGGAAGAUAAGUCAUGCCCAAGAAAGGAUGAGUAUAUUUUAUGCAUAUGAUAAGAAAUAGUGCUAUGGAUAAAUUAUAAUAAACCCAGAGAUUUAAAGCUUUCUUUAAAAAAAAAAAACCUUAAAUGGGAAUAUUUUGAUAUUUAAGUGUUGUGUGUUUAUCCAUCCAUCCCAUUUUUAGGACAUGCUCAGUGAUCUGCAAAGCCAGGCUGUAGAAGUCUGAGCUGAAAGGAGGUGAAGGAGAAGAGAAAGGGAUGAGUGGCCUCAGGGAGGGGGGAAGAGUAGAGGCCCCCUGCAGGAGCUUCUGUCUCUGCCUGUGACUCACAGCUGAGUCAGGGACAAGCUGGAGGAGGGAGUAUGGAAGCAGGUGGCAGGAGAGGUCCCCUGGUGCUCAGAGCUCUUCUCUAGGCUAUGUAUAGACUCAUUAGGAGACACAGAACUGUAUUCAGUUCUUCCAUCCAAGCAAGCCCAGGGGAGCUUGGGAUUUAGUCCUCCUGGCACUUGUAUCUACAGCUUGGGGUGCAGUAGCACCUCACAUGAGUUGGGAACCUCAUCUCCCUUCUCAUGUGGUGUAGGGGUGGGCACCCCAGGGUGAGAGGGGGCUGGCGCUACAUAUAAAAAUCUGGUUAGAUCCGAAGCAGUCUUUGAGAGGACUGGAGUAACAGUCACCGCUUUGGUUCCUCCGCUCUCCAUCCAUUUCUAAAUAGAUGGAUAAGCCAUCACCCACAUUUAUGGAGUCACAAACCUGUCAGGUCUUUAGAUUCCCAAUCUAUAGGCCUUUCCUGCUGGAUCUGUGUCUUACAAAAUUGCCUAGACAUAAGGAUUACUUGCCUAGGGACUGGAGAGAGAUGGCUCAACAGUCAGAAACACUGCUUUAGCGGAGGACCCGAGUUUGACCAGCACUCUACUAAUGCUCACAGCUGUCUGUAAGUUCAAUUCCAGGGACCCGCUGAUCUCAUAGAGCAUCUGGGAGCACUGAACUCACAUGGUACACAUAUGUACCAUCAAAACCUCUCAGACACACAAAAUAAAAAUAAAUACAUUGUUAAAAACUGAAAAAGAAAGGGGCUCUGUGAUUACGUGUGCUGGCUACCCUUCCAGAGGACCCACAUUCAUUUUUCAGCACAUGGAGACUCCCAGCACCAGUUCUAGGGGAUCUGAUAUCCUCUUCUGGCUUCUGCGGGUACUGUAAACACACACACACACACACACACACACACACACACACACACACGAAGGCAAAAUACACACCUAACAAAGAAAUAAAGCAUUUAAAAACACUUGGUAAAACAAUUACUUGCCUGUGGGACUGGGAUGUGGCUCAGUUGGUAGAGCUCUUGAUUAGCAUGCACAAAGCCCUGGUUCAAUCCCUAGCACUAUAAAC